CAACAACUUUCCACGCAUGCGCACUUCAGUUUGAACCAAGGCUGUUCAUGAUGGCUGCGGAUAGUGCCUUGCUAUUGGGCUUGGUAGAAGAAUUCGUUUUGGGACAACAGGACCGCAAGGCGGUAGACACCGCAACAGAACUCAAGGCUGGACAGUUUACUAUACUGCAGUUGGUUGAAGCCUUGGGUUUGCAUCUGACCAGCUCCCAACCCCAGACCCGAGGCCGUGGUGUCCAGCUCCUCUCCAAUGUCCUACAGGAGUGUUAUGGAGACCUUACAGAGAGAGAAGUGGAAGUCCUUAUAGUGUUUUAUGAGAACAGAUUGAAGGACCACUAUGUCAUCACUCCACAUGUCAUACAGGGGCUGAAAGCGCUGACCAAAUGCUCAGUGUUGCCGCCUGGGUCUGCAGUGUCCAUUCUGAAAUCACUAUUCCAGGACAUCCAUGUGCAGUCCCUGAUGCUGGCGGAGCGGUCAUGUGUUUACAACAUCCUCAUCCAGCUUAUGGAAUCCAGAGAGUCAGAACUGAAGGGCCUGGGUGCAGACUUUGUCUUCGGGUUUGUCCAGUCAGUGGAUGGGGAGAGAGACCCACGCAACCUUCUGCUGGCCUUCCAUAUCGCUAGGAAGAUUGUCCAUGAAGGCUAUGAUCUUGGUAAAUUCACAGAGGAGUUGUUUGAAGUGACAUCCUGCUAUUUCCCUAUAGACUUCAGCCCUCCCGCGAACGACCCCCAUGGCAUCACCCAGGAGGAGCUGGUCCUGGCCCUGAGGGUCGUGCUCACCGGAACACCACGCUUUGCAGAGUUCCUGCUGCCACUGAUCAUUGAGAAGCUGGACUCCGAUGUUCAGAGUGCCAAGCUGGACUCCCUGCAGACCCUGACUGCCUGUGCUUCUGUGUAUGAACAUAAAGACUUAGCCCAAUUCCUGCCAGGCCUUUGGGCCUCGCUGCGCAGAGAGGUGUUUCAGACAGCUAGUGAGCGGGUGGAGUCCGCUGGCCUGGCCGCCGUCGGUACCCUGACAGCCUGUCUCUCCCGCUCCGUCCUCAACUCGGACUCUGAAGACUCCCUCAAUGUCUUCCUGGAGCUGGUCCUCAAAGACUGUCAGCACCACCUGUGUGAGCCGGACCUGAAGCUGGUGUGGCCCAGUGCGAAGCUGCUGCAGGCCACCUCUACCGCCUCCUACAGGGCGAGCCACAGAGUUGCCGCCGCCGUCCUGCCGUCCCUCAUAGAGCAAUACAACAGCCGCACACAGUGUGCUCAGCGGCGCACCCUACUGGAGGUGUUACAGGGCUUUGUGCACCCGGUGACGUCAUCAGAAGAGGAUGAGAGUGUGCUGUUGGACUUCAGGCAGUCUCUGUGCAGUAUAGUGUUCUCUGCUCUGUCUGAGAGCAAUGUUGACCUCCAGAUCACAUCCAUGCGUGUGCUCACUGCACUGGGCCAACAUACAGGCCUGCUGUUAGAGUCAGAUGUGGAACUUGCCGUUGACCACCUCACCAGGCUCAUCCUGGAGGAGGGAGAUCCUAAAGUCAGCCUGGCUGUGGUUGAGUGUGCAGGGGCUCUGGCUCGCCUGCACCCUGCAGCCUUCAUCUCUAAGAUGGUUCCACGGCUGAAGGAGGAGAUCUUCUCAGAGCCCAUGGCACAAGGUGACAGCGCCACGCCGUCCCAGGAACAUUCCCAGCAGGCAGUGCGUCAGCGCUGUGUGGCGGCGCUGGCUGCGGUGUCGUCCCGGCCCAGUUUGGUUCAGGAGAGCACACCUGUCCUGCUACAGGUCCUCACCUCUGCACACACUGGCACUGGCGCGUUCUCAUUGGAAGAGGUGAUCUCUGUCUGCCACAGUCUGCAGAAGAUAGCAGAGCAGGCCCAGGACACUGAAGAGACCGGUGGCGUCUUCCAUGACGUCAUUCCUCGCCUGCUCGGGCUGGCAUUGCAGGCAGCUUUGCAAGGUUCCUCAGGCCAUUGUAGCCCGAUACUCGAGGAGACUGUCCUAUCAGCCAUGGUACCCAUCAUCAGCACCACCUGUGCCCGACUACAGUCCCGACUGGCUGGCCAAACAGCCUCGCGGGCCGUGUCCCUCUUCCUCGACGGUGAUGUUUCCUUCCUGCCAGAGAACACCAUCCCCGCUCAGAUCCAGCUCCUCAAGGCAGGUGACUCCCGGAGCCAGUCCCAGAUGGUGUGCCUGCUCAUGGGUUGUGUGUGCUGGCUGCCACGGACCGUGGAGGUGCCCCAGAUGGACAGGCUACUGUUGGAGCUGCUGGAGCUGAGCUGUACCUGUGACCAUCCGCUCUCCUACACGUCAGCCGCCAAGUGCUACGCUGGGCUGGUCAACAAGAGUCCCGCAGGUGAAGCCCUGGACUCUCUGAUAGACAGGACGUUAAAGAGGAUCUCCACUGAGCUGGACUCUGCGUCCUCCCCAGUCAGAACGCAGGCGUUCACUCUGCUGCUCUGGGUGUCCAAGGCUCUCCUCCUUCGCUACCACCCUCUGUCCACAACCCUGACCGACAAGCUCUUCUCCCUGCUCAGUGACCCAGAGCUGGGUUGGUUAGCGGCCGAUGGAUUCUCUCUCCUGAUGAGCGACUCGCCGGACGUCCUGAACCGCGGUAGCCACGCCGACGUGCGCAUCAUGUACCGCCAGCGCUUCUUCACGGAGAACUCUGCCAAACUGGUCGAGGGCUUCAACGCCGCAGUCCAAGAGAAGAAGUCUGGCUACCUGAAGGCACUGUCUCACAUAGUGAACAAUCUGCCCAGACAGGUCCAGCUUACAGAGCUACCAGCGCUCCUGCCCCUUCUGCUGGAGGCCCUGUCGUGUCCGGACCAGGGGGUGCAGGUGUCUACCCUGUCCUGCUUGCAACCGGUCCUCCUGGACCCCCCUUCAGCCCUCAUCACCCAGCUGGAGGUGCUGGUGGGCCGCACUCUGGCGCUCACCACCAGCCCUACCAUGAAAGUGCGGAUAGCCUCACUGCGCUGUAUCCAUGCCCUCUCCCGCUUUCCAGAACACGAGAUCAUGCCCUUCCGUGCGAGGGUGCUGCGCGCCCUGGCUGCCCCGCUGGACGACCACAAGAGGGUGGUGAGGAGCGAGGCGGCGGUGGCCCGGAAUGAAUGGUUCCUUCUGGGGAGUCCAGGAGGCAGGUGAAUUUGGCCCCCAAUCCCUGACUAGGUGUGGGAGGGGACAGAUGGGACGGCUUGCUCCUGAGGAAGAGGGCUUGGGGCUCUAGCGCUGCCCAUGGAGUUUGGGACAUCGCACCACCACCCACAGCACUUCAUCUUGUACAUGAGAUUAAACACGGACGGCAGGUAGCUUAGUGGUUAAGAGCGUUGGGUCGGUAACCGACAGGUCGCUGGUUCCAAUCGACUAGGUGAAAAAAAAUCUGCCGAUGUGCCCUUGGGCAAGGCACAUAACCCAAAAUACUCCUGUAUGUCGCUCUGGAAAAGAGCGUUUGCUAAUUGACACACUUUUUUGUUGUUGUACUGCCUCUACCAUCAAACGUGAGAGGAGUUAGACUGGCCACUGCAUGGUGGCAUGGACCUACGGGUGACAGCCUACUGCCACUUCUUGGAAGGACUGAGCUGUACUGAAACAAGCUUGGCACAGAGAGAAGAAAACAAUUUAUAUUGGGGAGAGGGGUGUUAAUGAAUGUGUGAAAGAGGACCGAAUCCCCAUGUAUUAUUCAAUGAUUGAUGUGGUUGGCUAAACAUUUCACUAGGCCAACUUUGAACCUCAAAAUUAUGCUGACGAUGUGGACAAUAUUUAAAAUGUCUAACUUAAGCUGUCAAUAAAACUUUUUUUGUAAAUGUACGAGUGCUUUAAAUCAACAGAAAUAUCAAAAGAAGCUUCACAGUCUCCAAAAACAAUAUUUUAUAUUAACCAAUACAAGCUAAUAUCAAAAGCAAAUGACACAGACAUGCGGUGUACAAUAAUGGAGCACAGCUCCUAUUGGUCAUGUCACAGCAGUGAGGACAUUUUUUCACUAUGGCAACCAGGUAGCCCCUUCCUACUGUUACAGGCUGGCUAUUAUAAAUCUAAAUGGUGGCCAAACACAAGACCAGUUGGGAGGAAGUCUGAUGCAUUCAAGCGCUUUUAACCAUGUUAAGUGAUCUUAAAAGAUGGCUACUGGGGAAAUCCAUUACCAUAUGUGAUGUGGGCGAGAUAAUUAAUGGACAAUGUUAGAAACGUCAUAUUCCAGUAAAACUGUGCAUUAGUGCCUGAAAUCUUUAACAGGUGUUUAACUUCACACGGCACGUUACGAAUCUUUUGACAAUUCCGAAAUGUUUUGUCACAUACACCGGAUAGGUUCAUUGAAAUGUGUCGUUUUUACAUGGUCGACCAUAGUAUUACGUCACCCCUGGAUAUUGGCUGGGGCACUGCUCAGUAAUAUGAGCACCAUGUUCUAACUAGAGCCUGAACGAUAAUAUGAAUAGUUUAUGGAAGUCUGUCAAAAAGUCUCCAGACUACUCACCCCUAGAUGGAGAAUGGCCAAGGUGUGUGGUUAUCUAGCUCUAACCUAGUCAUUGGUGAAAAGCUCUUUGUUGGCACUGAAAAAGUCCAAACUGCUUUUUCUGUGACCUCAGUACAAUUAAAAAGUACACAUUUUGUCAUCUUUGGACAACAUACCUACCAGUACAAAAAAAGAAAAUCAGUUCACAAGACAGGACGACAGUUGAAAAACGACAGUUCACAUGACAGUGACCAGUGUGCAGAUUAAGGUCCCCUAACACCCAGAGGUUCCUUGACAUACGGGUCACUAUCAAGCCCAAACGGUCUACUCCUCAGAGGCUAAGAAGUCCUCUGUUCACUCCACCAUCCAGGUGCCAGUAGUGAUUCUGGGCCAUAGUGUGGAGAUGAGAAACUGGCCAGCAGCGGUGAGUAGUGAGGUUAGAUGGUCAUUGGGUCUCUUCUGGUGAGAGCCUGAGGGAAUUCCCAUACCAGUCCGUCUUCAUGGGGAGUGUGA